GGCACCUCUGGUAAGCAACAGUCGGUGAUUGUAACCAGUACUACGUUGGUCGUCCUAUAACCAAUGGAACGGAUAAUUUUCUGAACAAUAAAAACGCGAGUGAUGGUUAAUUCUGCGGAAGUGAUAGUAGAAAUCAUAGUGCGAUAAUGAAGUAUUUUAAAACGCCUCUAUUGGGCGUUCUGUUGCUAGUAACGGUAGCGUGUGCUACAGACUACACACUACAGUUCUACGAAGCCACGGUUACAGCUACGUUCAGUACCGCUACUCGUGAGCUCACGGUCCAGCGCAAUGGAGUGACCGUACAGAGGAUUGUGAUGGGACGGGAUUUGGGCACGACUCUAGUUCAGAAGGAAAUAGCAGACGGUUUUAGGCUAACGAAUAUCGACGGUGAAGAGAUUGAAUUUACGAGAACUGUGGAUAGUCAAACUUUGUCGCUGUUUACUGUUGCCAGAAAAGUGAGAUCGCGUUCCAAGGUGGUGGUGGACUGUGUCCGCAUCGCUGGAUCCAACUGGUAUGGCGGACCACAGCAAAAGUACCAGUACUGGCCAAUUCAAAAAUUACGCUUAAGUCAAUACUCGUUCCUCACGAAGGAGGCAGAUAACUGUGCGGUAGCGGAUCGGUAUUGGUUAAACUCGUUGGGAUCAUUCAUCUACGUGGACCAUGAGACCCCGCUGUUUAUUGAUCAAAACUACGGUCAACCAGGGUACAUGUGUUUAGAAGCGAAGAAGUCUCUACCUUAUGAUACCUAUGACGAUACGUACUCAUUCAUCUACCAGGUUGGAGUAGCCAGUGAUGCGAAGGUGGCACACAUGGGUGCAGUGAACCGUAUUCUUGGAAAACCUACAGGGCAUCCCGCCGAAGAGAUGGUGAAGUAUCCCAUCUGGUCGACUUGGGCACGUUACAAACGAGAUAUUGAUCAAACAGUGGUGCUUCAGUACGCAGAUGAAAUUAGCAAAAAUGGGUGGCAAAACGGACAGUACGAACUUGACGACGACUGGGAGAAGUGUUACGGAGCGCUAGAGUUCAACACCACCAAGUUUCCAAAUAUUAGGCAAACAGUGGAGGCUAUUAGAGCGAAGGGUUUCCCGAGGGUUACCUUGUGGAUUCACCCGUUCAUCAACAAGGUCUGUGAACCGUGGUACUCGCAAGCAAAGCGCAACGGCUAUCUAGUGACUAAUCACAGCGGCAGUACGGAUACUGAGUGGUGGAAUAGUGGUAAAGGCCAAGCUGCAUAUGUAGAUUUUUCUAAGCCUGAAGUUGCCGAAUGGUUUACUCAAAGAUUGCAAGCUAUUCUGGAUGAAAGCGGGAUCGACAGUUUCAAGUUUGAUGCAGGUGAGACUAGCUGGACGCCCCCGGAUCCGGUGCUGAAUGGACCACGCUCGCAACAUCCAAAUAUAAUCGUUGAUUCGUAUGUAAGAACGGUAGCACAGUUUGGAGAUCUGGUCGAGGUUCGUUCGGCUCAACGCACCCAGGAUGCUCCGAUUUUCGUUCGAAUGAUAGAUAAAGACUCCGAGUGGUACUGGAACAAUGGUUUGCCGACACUGGUUACUACAUUGCUGCAGAUGAAUAUGGCCGGUUACCCAUUGGUCUUACCGGAUAUGGUCGGAGGGAACGGGUACAAUGAUCAUCCGCCGAACAAGGAAAUGUUCAUUCGAUGGCUUCAGGCUAAUGUAUUCAUGCCUAGUAUUCAAUUUUCUUACGUUCCAUGGGAUUACGACACGGAAACCAUACAGAUAUCGAAACAAAUGACCGAUUUGCACGAGAGGUACACUACACAGAUAAUGGAAAGAUUCAAGCUGGCUGUUUCUGAUGGUUACCCGGUGAACCCGCCGCUCUGGUGGGUCUCCCCAAGCGAUACUGUAGCUCAAAAAAUCUACGAUCAGUUCCUAUUGGGAGAUGACAUCAUAGCAGCGCCGGUGCUCCAGCAAAACAAGCGUUCUCGAGAUAUCUACCUACCAGAGGGUAUGUGGGAAGACGGGAACAAUGGAACCGUCUACACCGGACCCAGAUGGAUUAGGAACUACGGUGUUCCGCUAAGCGUGCUGCCGUAUUUUGUGCGGAAGACUACCUAGAAGAGGUAUGAAUUUAGGUUGCAUAGUAUGAAUUGCUGAACAAAUAUAAAUGCAUUUCAAGUGUGCAAACAA